AUUAAAUCGUGACUUGAAAAAAAAGGAGUUUUUAAAAAUUUUAGUAUUAAUAUCGGCUACACCAACUUGAAUGUUGAACAUUGUAGAAGUAGUUCACUGAGCGGUCACAAUGUUUUCCCCUGCUCUCCUAACGUUGCUCCUUGUGGGUGCCAUCACUGGCAUGCCCGUCCAAGAGGACAUUUCCGGCACCAUCACCAUCCAGAUCCGUUCUGAGGAAGCCCAAAUUCCGGAGGACAUUUCUGCUACCAUCUCAGUCAACUUCAGGGCUGAUGAAGUGCAGAAAAGAGAGGAGGACAUCUCAGGUACCAUCACCAUCACCAUUAAGGCUCUGGACGGAUGGAGUACCACAUCAAUCCUUCCCGCUGUGUUCUCUAAGAGAGAUGGACAGGACAUUACUGGAACCAUCACCAUCCAAAUCAAAUCUCAAGAAGAACAGAAAAGAGAUAACAUGGAAGAUAUCUCCGGUACAAUCACCAUUACCAUCAAGUCACAGGAAGCAUGGACCGACUACAUUGGACCAGCCCUCCAAAUCGCUCAAGUUGUUGCACCUUUGAUUGGCAAGAAAGAAAUUUCUCAAGAAGCGUGGACUGACUACAUUGCUCCAGCCCUUCAAAUCGCAACCACCCUUGCUCCACUAAUUGGAAAAAAAGAUCUUACUCAAGAAGGCUGGACUGACUUCAUUGCACCAGCUAUCCAGAUUGCAACAACCGUUGCACCUUUACUGCUCGGCAAGAAAGAACUAACGCAAGAAGCUUGGACUGACUACAUUGGACCAGCCCUCCAAGUUGCACAAGUUGUGGCACCUCUUCUAAUCGGCAAAAAAGAUCUUGAAGAGUCAUGGACUGAUUUCAUUGGACCAGCUAUUCAAAUCGCAACUGCAGUUGCACCUUUAAUUGGAAAGAAAGAGGUCUCACUACAGGCAUGGACUGAUUUCAUUGGACCAGCUAUUCAAAUCGGAACUGCACUUUUACCCUUAGUUGGAAAGAAAGAGAUCUCACAAGAGGCAUGGACUGAUUUCAUUGGACCAGCUAUUCAAAUCGGAACUGCACUUUUACCCUUAGUUGGAAAGAAAGAGAUCUCACAAGAGGCAUGGACUGAUUUCAUUGGACCAGCUCUUCAAAUUGGAACUGCACUUUUACCCUUAGUUGGAAAGAAAGAGAUCUCACAAGAGGCAUGGACUGAUUUCAUUGGACCAGCUAUUCAAAUCGGAACUGCACUUUUACCCUUAGUUGGAAAGAAAGAGAUCUCACAAGAGGCAUGGACUGAUUUCAUUGGACCAGCUAUUCAAAUCGGAACUGCACUUUUACCCUUAGUUGGAAAGAAAGAGAUCUCACAAGAGGCAUGGACUGAUUUCAUUGGACCAGCUAUCCAAAUCGGAACUGCACUUUUACCCUUAGUUGGAAAGAAAGAGAUCACACAAGAGGCAUGGACUGAUUUCAUUGGACCAGCUAUUCAAAUCGGAACUGCACUUUUACCCUUAGUUGGAAAGAAAGAGAUCUCACAAGAGGCAUGGACUGAUUUCAUUGGACCAGCUAUUCAAAUCGGAACUGCACUUUUACCCUUAGUUGGAAAGAAAGAGAUUUCACAAGAAGCAUGGACUGAUUUCAUUGGACCAGCUAUUCAAAUCGGAACUGCACUUUUACCCUUAGUUGGAAAGAAAGAGAUCUCACAAGAGGCAUGGACUGAUUUCAUUGGACCAGCUAUUCAAAUCGGAACUGCACUUUUACCCUUAGUUGGAAAGAAAGAGAUCUCACAAGAGGCAUGGACUGAUUUCAUUGGACCAGCUCUUCAAAUCGGAACUGCACUUUUACCCUUAGUUGGAAAGAAAGAGAUCUCACAAGAGGCAUGGACUGAUUUCAUUGGACCAGCUAUUCAAAUCGGAACUGCACUUUUACCCUUAGUUGGAAAGAAAGAGAUUUCACAAGAGGCAUGGACUGAUUUCAUUGGACCAGCUAUCCAAAUCGGAACUGCACUUUUACCCUUAGUUGGAAAGAAAGAGAUCUCACAAGAGGCAUGGACUGAUUUCAUUGGACCAGCUAUUCAAAUCGGAACUGCACUUUUACCCUUAGUUGGAAAGAAAGAGAUCUCACAAGAAGCCUGGACUGAUUUCAUUGGACCAGCUAUUCAAAUCGGAACUGCACUUUUACCCUUAGUUGGAAAGAAAGAGCUCUCACAAGAAGAGGUAUGGACUGACUACAUUGCACCAGCCCUCCAAAUUGCUCAAAUUGUGACCCCACUUAUCACUGGCAAGAAAGAACUGACCGAGGAAGCUUGGACUGACUACAUUGCACCAGCCCUCCAAAUUGCUGAAGUCGUUGCACCACUUAUCAUUAAUGGCAAGAGAGAACUUACCCAAGAAGUAUGGACUGACUACAUUGCACCAGCCCUCCAAAUUGCUCAAAUUGUUACACCACUUAUCACUGGCAAGAAAGAACUGACCGAGGAAGCUUGGACUGACUACAUUGCACCAGCCCUCCAAAUUGCUGAAGUUGUUGCACCACUUAUCAUUAAUGGCAAGAGAGAACUUACCCAAGAAGUAUGGACUGACUACAUUGCACCAGCCCUCCAAAUUGCUCAAAUUGUUACCCCACUUAUCACUGGCAAGAAAGAACUUACCGAGGAAGCUUGGACUGACUACAUUGCACCAGCCCUCCAAAUUGCUCAAAUUGUUACCCCACUGAUCACUGGCAAGAAAGAACUGACCGAGGAAGCUUGGACUGACUACAUUGCACCAGCCCUCCAAAUUGCUCAAAUUGUUACCCCACUUAUCACUGGCAAGAAAGAACUGACCGAGGAAGCAUGGACUGACUACAUUGCACCAGCCCUCCAAAUUGCUCAAAUUGUUACCCCACUUAUCACUGGUAAGAAAGAACUGACUGAGGAAGCUUGGACUGACUACAUUGCACCAGCCCUCCAAAUUGCUCAAAUUGUUACCCCACUUAUCACUGGCAAGAAAGAACUGACCGAGGAAGCUUGGACUGACUACAUUGCACCAGCCCUCCAAAUUGCUGAAGUCGUUGCACCACUUAUCAUUAAUGGCAAGAGAGAACUUACCCAAGAAGUAUGGACUGACUACAUUGCACCAGCCCUCCAAAUUGCUCAAAUUGUUACCCCACUUAUCACUGGCAAGAAAGAACUGACCGAGGAAGCUUGGACUGACUACAUUGCACCAGCCCUCCAAAUUGCUCAAAUUGUUACCCCACUUAUCACUGGCAAGAAAGAUCUUACCGAGGACGUAUGGACUGACUACAUUGGACCAGUUUUAGCUAUUUCGUAAUUUUUUCUACCAUACAAAAAAUUCUUUGUGAAUUUAUAACUAUAAACACCUCGUGUUUAUAAAAACAAAACAAAAAUCCCAUUAUUUUAAUAUGGUUGCAAAAUGUUAAAACUAUGAAAACAAAUACGUAAUAGUGACCAGUGUAAAGAAUUAUUGCUCUAAAAAUAUUUAAUAAAAGCGAUUAAAAAUA